AGCGGCCGGCCCUGGCUGCAGGAAACCCCUCAGACAGCUGGAGUUAGAUGUAGUCAUAUGACUUCCAGGAAACAGAGGAGGAGCAGAACAGAAUGAGGAAAUGAACAGUUCAGAGUCCGUUUUACAGUCGACAGAGGAGGACAACAAGGAAAUGUGAGCUGGUAGUUUUGAAGGAAUCCUGCUGAAAAGAACAGCAGUGAUCUCACAGGCCUGCUGUGUGGAGAGGAGGAGCAACACUGAGCAGGAGAUCCAGUAACAUGAGAACAAGGAGGAAACAUUCCAGCUGUGGGGUAGUUCAGACUCAGCUGGAGGAAGAAACCUGAUUGUGGAGGCAGACUGACUGAAGUCCACAAGAUGAGUGAUUCUGAGGAGGAGGAGGAGUUUCCAUCCUCCAGCCGUCUGUCCAUGAAGAGUGACCGGUCCAAUGAUGAUCCUCCAUGUUUCAGUGAAGAACCUGAACCCUCAGACACAAAAGUGAUGAAGAAGAGGGGAGUUUGUGUGGAGGAGCAGCCGUCCUGCUGUGCUCGGUGUCAGGACGUCCUGAAGGAUCCAGUCUCUAGCAGCUGUGGACACUGGUUCUGCAGACAGUGCAUCAGCUCAUACUGGGACCAGUCUGCUCCAUCAGGACACUCCUCCUGUCCCCAGUGUGGAGAAAGAUCCAGAAGCAGCAGCUGUGGACAAAGUGUUGGUCUGCAGGAGGUUCUGCAGGAACAUAAGAUGAGUCUGAGGAGGAGAUGUGAACAUGUGACUGAAGGAAGUGAUGAAGCAGGAGGUGGAACCCUCCUCAACAGGAUCUACACUGAGCUCUACAUCACAGAGGGACACAGUGGAGAGGCUGAUGUCCAACAUGAGGUGGAGCAGCUGGAGACAGCUUCCAAGAAGAGCCUCCAUGACACUCCCAUCAGGUGCCAGGACAUCUUUAAAGCCUUACCUGAGCAGCAGAGAGCCAUCAGAGUGGUCCUGACCAACGGCGUGGCCGGCGUGGGAAAAACCUUCUCAGUGCUGAAGUUCACUCUGGACUGGGCAGAGGGCGGAGAAAACCAAGACGUCAGUGUGGUGGUGGUGCUUCCGUUCAGGGAGCUGAACUUGAUCAGAGAUGAGCAGCACAGUCUUCUCACGCUGCUCCAUGUUUUCCAUCCAACAUUACAGAAGGUGACGGCAGAGCAGCUGGCUGUCUGUAAACUUUUGUUCAUCUUUGACGGUCUGGAUGAAAGCAGACUUUCACUGGAUUUCACCAACAGGAAGGUUGUGUCUGACGUCAGCCAGAAGUCAUCGCUGGACGUUCUACUGGUCAACCUCAUGGAGGGGAAUCUGCUUCCCUCGGCUCUGGUCUGGAUCACUUCCCGCCCUGCAGCAGCCUAUCAGAUCCCUCCUAAGUAUGUGGACAGAUUAACAGAAGUACGAGGCUUCACCGACGUCCAGAAGGAGGAGUACUUCAGGAGGAGGAUCAGUGAUGAAGAGCGCUCCAGAACAAUCAUCUCCCACAUGAAGACAUCCAGGAACCUCCACAUCAUGUGUCGACUCCCAGUGUUCUGCUGGAUCACUGCUGCAGUUCUGGAGCACAUGUUGACCACAGAGCAGAGAGGAGAGCUGCCCAAGACCAUGACUGACAUGUUCUCACACUUCCUGCUGGUUCAGACACAGAGGAAGAAGAACAAGUACCAUGAGGGACCUGAGACGAGUCCACAGGAGCUGACGGAGGCUGACAGGGAAGUUCUUCUGAAGCUGGGGAGGCUGGCCUUUGAACAUCUGCAGAAAGGAAACAUCAUGUUCUACCAAGAAGACCUGGAGCAGUGUGGUCUGGAUGUGACAGAGGCCUCGGUGUUCUCAGGAGUUUGUACCCAGAUCUUCAGGAGAGAGUGUGAGAUGUUCCAGAAACCAGUCUACUGCUUUGUUCAUCUGAGCAUUCAGGAGUUUCUGGCUGCAGUCUACAUGUUCCACUGUUACACCAACAAGAAGACUGAGGUUCUGGAGAAGUUCCUGGGAAAAAAAUAUCUGAACUCAUCCCUGAAUGUUUUCCUGGACAGAGUCAUGGAAAAAUCCCUCGAAAGUAGAAAUGGUCACCUCGACCUGUUUGUUCGCUUCCUUCAUGGCCUCUGUCUGGAGUCCAACCAGAGACUCUUAGGAGGUCUGCUGGGUCAGAUAGAGAACCAUCCAGAAAUGAUCCAGAGAGUCAUCAGUAACCUGAAGAAGAAUAAGAUGAAAAAAAAGAAUCACAGGUCUAAAAUAUCUCCAGACAGAAGCAUCAACAUCUUCCACUGUCUGAUGGAGAUGAAGGAUCUCUCAGUACAUCAGGAGAUCCAAGAGUUCCUGCAGUCAGAGAACAGAUCAGAGAAGCAACUCUCUCAGAUCCAGUGCUCAGCUCUGGCCUACAUGCUGCAGAUGUCAGAGGAGGUUCUGGAUGAGUUCGACCUUGACAAGUACAACACAUCAGAUGAGGGAAAACUGAGACUGAUUCCAGCUGUGAGGAACUGCAGAAAGGCUCGACUUUCUUACUGUAGACUCUCAGAGACUCACUUUGAAGUCGUGGCCUCAGCUCUGAAGUCCAACCCCUCCCAUCUGAUAGAACUGGACCUGAGUGGAAACUACCUGGAGGAUUCUGAAGUGAAGCAUCUUUGUGAUGGACUGCAGAGUCCAAACUGUAAACUGGAGACUCUCAGAUUGGAGAACUGCAGGUUGUCAGAGAUCAGCUGUGAUUCUCUGGGCUCAGCUCUGAAGUCCAACCCCUCACAUCUGGAACAUCUGGACCUGAGCAGGAACAACCUGAAGGAUUCAGGAGUGAAACAUCUGAGUGGUUUUGUGGAGAGUCCAGACUGCAUCCUGAAGACUCUGAGAUUGAGGGACUGCAGUUUGUCAGAGAUCAGCUGUGAUUCUCUGGUCUCAGCUCUGAAGUCCAACCCCUCCCAUCUGGAACAUCUGGACCUGAGCUACAACAAGCUGAAGGAUUCAGGAGUGAAACAUCUGAGUGGUUUUCUGGAGAGUCCAGACUGCAUCCUGAAGACUCUGGAAUUGGAGCGCUGCGGUUUGACAGAGAUCAGCUGUGAUUCUCUGGUCUCAGCUCUGAAGUCCAACCCCUCCCAUCUGGAACAUCUGGGCCUGAGCUUCAACAACCUGCAGGAAUCAUCAGUGAAACAUCUGUUAGAUCUUCUGGAGAGUCCAGAUUGCAGCCUGCAGACUCUGAGCUUCGACAAUGGAGUGUUGAAAACGUCCAGAAACAAAACCUGUGUCUCUGACGUUAAACUGGAGCCAAACACAGCCGACACAGAGCCGGACCUUUCUGAGGACAACCCAGAGCUGAUGAAGAUUCCAUCAAUCUUCACACCUGAAAUGCAAACAGAGUCUGAACAAAUCUUAUACAGGUUCAGGUGUACUGGCCCAGGUGUGUUCCAGUGUGCUGAGACUGGAUUGGUGUUUGACAUGACUCAGGAGGCGGAGCUGAUGUACGGGAUCGUUCAAUGGGAUGAGAGUCGCCUCGAACCGACUGGCAAAGAAGCUGCAGGACCGCUGUUCAACAUCCAGUGUUCUGAGGAUGCAGUCCGUCGGCUCCACUUCCCACACUGUGAAACAAAGGAUGCGCUGCGUAUCGAUGGACUGCUGUCUGUUGCCCACUUCACUGAUGAUGGAAUCAGCAUCUUGAAGCCGCUGCAGAUCACUGACACUCAUGUGGUCGUGAAGGUCGCUCACUUCUCUCUCUUUGGUGUCGUCUGGGAUCCUGUUAAAAGGCGACUCUCACGCCGAGUAAAGGGCCAAAUAGUGCUGUUCCUUCGGCCUCCAAUCAGAGGUCCUCGGACACUUGAUGUGUUUCUGCUGCAGAAGAAUGUCCCUGUAAAAGAGGUUGCUGCCCAACAAGGAGAUGCAGAAAACAUCAAGAUCUCAGCUGACUGUUUUCUCAGCUUUGGUCGGAGUUACAGUGUCCGCUGUGAACAGGAGGGCUUGAAAAUACAGCCGACGCGUGCACACUUUUGUUCACAUUUUGGACCCAAUUUCCACCCAACAUUUGAGGUUUUCUUGAUGACAAAUCCAGAUUUAGUGACUUUGAUGGUUCAAGACCAAGAGGAGACAGAAGUCUGGAAACGUGAUGUUCAUCUGAAAGAUCAAAGAAGGGACACAGAGCAGACAGACCAACCACAGAGUGUCCAACCACAGAUUGUCCAACCACAGAGUGACCAACCACAGAGAGUCCAACCACAGAGUGUCCAACCACAGAGUGACCAACCACAGAGUGUCCAACCACAGAGUGACCAACCACAGGACUGGCUGUUAUCAGUGCGGACACGGAUGAUUCAGGGAUUGUCAGACGUUCCUGUCAACCAACUCCUGGACAGACUCUAUGACCAGAGAGUUUUCAGUGAAGAAGAGAAGGAUGCCAUCAGAGCACAGAUUGGAGCAGAUAAAGCACGGCAGCUCAUCGACCGGGUUCAUAGAAAAGGACCUGAUGCUGUUUCACGUCUGAAAACUGCUCUUAGUGAGGUCGAUCCAUUCCUUUUCAACAACCUGAACCUGACGUAAAAUCCAGAAAGUGUGGAGUUGAGAUGGUUACCUCCUGUCAGAGCUGGCCUGUGGACACUCACAUCACCUUUAAAUGACAGGCUCUGCUGUUGAAAGACUUUGACUCUGAAACUGAUUUAGUCUCUGUAAUCCAACUAAACCUGGACUGCUUCUGACAUGUUGAGCAGGUUCCACUGAGCAGGUGUGUCUGCAGGAAGUCAGUCUCUGGAUUCAGCAAAGAUGAAGAUGAGGUGGUUCAAUCUAAGAUGAGACUAAGAGUUUUUGUUUCUGCCACUAGAUGGAGACGGAUCACUGCUGCACGAGGUUCAAGGUUCAAGGUUUCUUUAUUGUACCAAAUGGUAAAAUUGUUGUGCAAAAAGGAACUUGACGAUCCCAACAACAAGUGAAAUAACAAAACACCCAACAAACAUUCAGACCAGACAAAUCACACAAAAAGCAUAAUCAGAAAUACAAGAAAAGGGAAACUGCUCCAACAUAUCCUGAUCUACCUAAAAACAAUCUGUACAAGAGUGUUCACCUGGUGGACUUGCAGUUAAGCAUUAAAAUAGCUGAGGGUACAAAACUGCACCUAUAGCGUUUUGUCCGUCCCUUAGGGACCACAAACCGGCAGCCUGAACGAAGGAGCUGGAACUCCCCAUUCAGGGGAUGUGAGCAGUCUUUUAGAAUGGUGCUGAAUUUACGCUGCAGCUGUGUGCUAUACAAGGCUGGCAUAGUGGGUUGAGGCUUCCCAAUUAACCGACCAGCCCACUUGAUAAUUUGAUUGAGGGAAUUUUUGUCCUGUAGAGACAAAUUUCCAAACCAGGUAACCAGGGCAAAAGAUAAUACAGACUCAAUAAAAGCAUGAUAGAACAGGGUCAGCAUAGAUCUGUCAAUAUUAAAACGGGACAGUUUCCGCAAGUAAAAUAAACGCUGAUGUCUCUUCUUGCACAGCUCUUCACAAUUCCUACUAAAAGUCAGUUUGGCGUCAAUGACAGUCCCAAGAUAUUUGUAGCAGUCCAUACGUUCAACAGGCUGGCCCUUAAUGAUUGUGGGGUCGCAGUUUGGAGCCUGUGUUCUAAAAUCAAUGAACAUGUCCUUUGUCUUUGACAUGUUCAGCACCAAGAAGGAAAGGUCACACCAACUGAUGAAAUCCUGCAGGACUGGACCAUGGCUGGAUUCAUUAUUCUGCAGCAAACUGACAAUAACAGUGUCAUCUGCAAAUUUUAAAAUGUGUCUAUUUUCAUAAACACUUUUGCACAUGUUUGUGUAAAGGAUAAAAAGUAAAGGGGAGAGAACACAUCCCUGAGGAGAGCCAGUGGAGGAACAUAGGGACUCUGAUAAAAUGUCAUUCACUUUGACUCUCUGUGUUCUUUCUGUUAAAAAAAUCUAAAAUCCAACCCACCGAGUUAUGGCUCAAGUGAAAGUGCUCAAUGAGCCGUGUGGCUAAAAUGUGAGGUUGGAUGGAGUUAAAAGCAGAUGAAAAAUCAAUGAAAGUCAGUCUUACGUGGGUUUUGUUCCCCUCUAGAUGUUUGAAUAAAAGGUUUAGCAGAGUAAGUGUGGCAUCUUCAACACCUCUGUGGGCCCUGUAGGCAAACUGCAGAGGGUCAAGUGCACCUGCUGUCCUCUCUAAGAGCUCUGACUUGACAAGUUUUUCAAACGAUUUCAUUAAAAGAGAGGUGAGGGCGACCGGUCUAAAAUCGUUCAAAGUUUUAGGUCUGUUGACCUUUGGAACAGGAAUAAUCUCUGCCUGUUUCCACAGCCUGGGCACCUUUUGCUGAGUCAGUGACAUAUUAAAAAUGUAAUAAAAGAUAGGACUCAGUUGUUCUGCACACGACUUAAGUAGGGUACCACAGAUUUUAUCAGGACCAGGACUUUUGUUAGUUUUCAGAGAGAGGAAACACUUUUGUACCUUUGUGUGCUCCAGUGCAAAGUGUUGAUCGUCCUUAAGAUUGUCUCUCAAAUUCCUGAUUUGCUCACUGAAGUCAAAUUGAUCAAAUCGUAAAUAGAAUUUAUUAAGGGCACUGGCUAAGUCCCUGUUUGACUCGAAACCAUCCACAGUGAUGGCAGUGCUCUUCGUCUGUUUUAUGCCUGCCAUAGUCUUAAUGCCAGACCAUGCAGCGGAAAGGUUCUUCUCUGCCAGUUUACUCUCAACUUUGGAUUUAAAUUUUUCUUUGGCCCGUAAAAUUCCAUUUCUUAGUUCUCUUUUUGCUACUUGUACCUCAGAAGGUCCUCCGUGCUUAAAGGACAGCUUCUUCUGCUGUAGGAGGGCCCUGACUUCCUUGGACAUCCAUGGUUUACUAUUGGGGUACAACUUAAUUGUUUUGGUGGGAAUUACCAUAUUCUCACAAAAAGUCACAUACGAACAAAUGACAUCAGUGAGUUCAUCAAUGUCUGUGCAACAGGUUUUAAACAUCUCCCAGUCGGUGCAGUCAAAGCACCCUUGGAGACGAGCAGACGAUUCCUCUGACCAUACUUUGACCUCUUUUGUCUGAGUUUUUCCACUGAAGGCAGGAAUGAAAGCCAGAGAAACAACACAAAGAUAUGAGUGCAGAUUCUACACCUCGUCCUGACAGGGAUUCUGCUCAAAUCUUUAUUUUUUUCCUCUAAAAUCUGUUUUCACAGCCAGGUUUUUACAGUGACACUGGUGGUGCAGUGACUGUUUUAGAACAGAAAUAUGCUGUAUUAGGACUUCUUCAGACUGGAGGACUUUUAAUUUAUUGACUGACUGACAUGUUGUAGUACUUCUUAUUGCAGCGUAGAUUGGAAAAAUGAGCUCCCAGAAUAUGACCAAAGUAAUCAGUGACAUUACAUGUCAUCUAAUGUUUAAAUUGCAGCCCAGAUCAGAUGGAGAAUAAAAUCCUCUUCUCUAAAUGUGAAGUGACUGUAGGCCUUUCCUUCAUUCAGUGCUGAUAAACUAGAUGAAAUAUCAGCCCGAUCUCACGAGGAUUCGUGAAACUGUCACGUAAGUUUUAGUUUCGGUUUCGUGCGCACCAACACGAUUUCGUCAUGUUUUUCGUGCCGCUCACCACGAAAUGCGCACCAAUGUAUUUUAAACGGCGGACUUUUCGUGCCACCCAGAACGUAUUUCAAACGAAUGUGUGUAUUAUAUUUUUAAUGUAAAACCGUGGCGAAUCCAACGCUAUAUUUUGCAUGACAUCGUCCCUAACCAUAACCCUAACCAUAACCAUAACCCGGUGGUACACUUACUUUUUUUUUUUUUUUUUCGGUGGUACACUUACCAAUUUGCAUAGGAAUUUCAAGAAUGUCCGGCGGCCGGCGGCCGCAAACGCGAUCACACAAGCAGUAUACGCCGAUGGACAGCUUAGAUCGUCAUGAAUCCGCUGGUAUAAACCACUUUCAGCUGUGAUUACCACAGCGGGUUUCGUUGUGAGCAACACGAAAAACAUUUCGUGGUGAGCGGCACGAAAAACAUGACGAAAUCGUGUUGGUGCGCACGAAAAAGAAACAAAAAAUUUACGUAACAGUUUCACGAAUCCCCGUGAGACCGUGUUGGAAAUAUAGUAUCUGUCCAGGGUCACCUUAAAAUGAACCUCUGCUGUUGAUGCUGUGACGUCUGUCUUCAUCUCAGGUGUCUCAUGUUCACUGUGAGGAUCUUCUGAGUGAAGCCAACAGAAGGAAAACCUCAUCUGCUCGUGAAGGAGACUGAAUGGAUGACAUCCUCAGUGAACCACUUCCUGUUUAGCUUUCACUGUGCAGAGCAGUAAUCAAAGCAAAGGGUGGCUGUUUUGAAGAAUCGAAAAUAUAAAACAUGUUUUGAUUUAUUACACAUUUUUUUGUUACCUACAUAAUUCCAUGUGUUCAUUGAUAGUUUUGAUGCCUUCAGUGAGAAACUAGAAUGUAGAUAGUCAUGAAAAUAAAGAAAAACCAUUAAAUUUUUGCCUCAGCAAAAUUAUUGGCGGUGAAUUUGUUUUUCAUUGAAUAUUUUUCAUGGAACUGAUUGAAAUGGGUGAUUGACUUUAGGGGUGGGAUUAAAUAAGUUUUAACUUCUUCAAA